UUCUUUUUAAGUACAUUAAUAUAUAAAAACAUCGUAAUCAUUUAAUCAAAUAUUAUUCAUAUAAAUAUUGGAUUUUCUUUCCAUUAGAAUUUCAAUCAUAAACAAACACAAUUACCAUCCUUUAUUUAUUACUCCUGUUACUACUUUUAUUUCAUCAUCACUUCAUAAUUAUUCAACUAAAAAUAGAAUCUACUAUUUUGAAUGAAUAAAAAGUAAUAUAACAAUAUAAUUACUAAUAAGCAUUAAGAGAUUCUAAUAUCCAUUUAAAACUAUUUGUAUUUCUUUUAUUAAGACUCAAUUAGAUUUACAUAAGUAGUAUUUUAAUAAGCUAAUUAUUCUAAAUUCUUAUCCUAACUUUGUAGAUACAAUGGAAUAGAAUUUAGAGUCGAUAGUUAAUUAAAUGAGAAUCAAAAAAUGAAGAAAUACAUUAAAUAAAUUAAGUCAUUCUGUUUGUUGAUGCUUUAAUAGGUACUAAGUUAAGGCAUUAUCACUUUGUAAAUUUAAGAAGUGUCCUCUUAAUUGGGCUAAUUCAAGCCAGUGCUGCCAAGACUUUUUAUUCAAUUCUUUACUUCCACUAUAUCUAAAUCUGGUGAUCAUCAUUUUCCNAGUAGCAUUGUGUGAAUUGAUGAAUAAUUUUAUUGUA